AUGGCCAGGAAGAUCCUCACAAACACCAGGGAGAGGUGGAGGCAGCAAAAUGUCAACAAUGCCUUUGCCAGGCUGAGGAAGCUCAUCCCCACUCACCCCCCAGAUAAAAAGCUGAGCAAGAAUGAAACCCUGCGACUAGCAAUGAGGUACAUCAACUUCCUGGCCACCGUCCUGGGGGAGCAAGGCCUGCCACAGACAGGAGUAGCACCUCAUGGGAGCGUGUUGGGACUAUUCCAGCAAGUGCCCUGCUUGCCAAGCCUAGAGGACAUGACCCCCCUUGAAGACUCUAGGGCUCCCUCACCUGAGCCAGACAGCCACCUCCCAGAACACCGGCCAGAACCUUCAGUUACAGAGCACUGA